AUGAGCGACGAGGACAUUGCGACGAUUGAGUACUUUGCCCAGCGAAAGUGGUAUCACCACAUCCUGACGGCAUGCGACACCGCUCUCAAGAAGCGCGUCGGUGAUCCGGUUCUCCGGUUCUGGAGAUGCGUCGCGCUGACGAUGGAUGGCAAACCAACAGAGGCCAUUCGAGAGCUUGAAACUCUGCAGGAGAAGAGAGACUUGGCUUUAGCAUGCCCAGCCGCAAUCAUAUUUGCUCAUCAGCAGUGCAAACACGUCGACCACGAGGCCGUCGAGGAACUUCAGGCGCGAAUCACCAUCAUCAGCUCGUCCGGAGCGGUCACGGAGCGAGCCUUGCUCCAGAGCGGUCUCUUCCACCUGUAUCUUGGAUCCCCAGACACGGCAAAGCUGCACUUGAGCAAGGCUCAGGAGCUCAACUCCAAUUCAAAUGCCGCCCUCGCGAGCCUCGGCAUGUACGAAAUCAACAACAGUGAUCCAGAUGUGCAGAAGGCACUGGCUCUCUUUGGCAAGGUCCUGGCGCGCGCACCCAAGGACCUCGGUGCGCUUGUGGGAAGGCUCCGAUGUCUCCGGCUCCAGGGAUGUCAAACCUCAGGAGCACUCGAAGUAGCCUCGCAGAUCAUUGUCCACUACCCGGCGUUCGUCCCGGCGCAUGUCGAACGAAUGUACGUGCUUUUGGAAAUGUCGGCAUGGGAGCAGGCAGUGGAAGCCUCUCAAAAGCUGCUUGCACAGAGCCCAGACAACAUUGAUGGCUUGAUCAUGAUUUGUCUCAACGAGAUGUGCCGCGAGGGAGGUUCCAAGAUGGUUGUGCCUUACAUCAACUCGCUCAACAAGGCGCUGCUCGGCGCUGAGCCUUACAACUCCGAACUCUACUACACCAUCGCACGCUCGUUUGUGCGGCUGGCCAACCGGACUCCAGCUAUCUUGGAGCAGUGUAUUUCGCUUCUUGAGCGCGCCAUUGCACUGAACCCCGCCAGCAGAAACCUCGCAAAGGCGAAGCAGUCCUAUCAGCAAGCCUCGUCACUAGACGCACACAACAUCCAUGCAUUAGAAGGGCUUAUCCGGUUCCAGCUCUACAGCGGCGAUUUUGAUCAGGCGCAGGAGCAGCUCGAGAUCUUCAACGAGAUUCAGACAUCCAUGGAGCGAUCGCCAGAGGUCGCCUACUUGACGUCUGUGUAUGUGUGGUACACGAGACGGGAUGCCGAGAAACGACUCAAGUAUCUCCAAGAGGCAGUGAGUCUGCAAAUGCGGCGCAUACAGUCCGAGACCCUCAGUCUCAGCUACUUUUACACCGUGAACCCGGAUUUUCUUCUCGAGAUUGUACGAGACUACAUGGAACAUUGCCCCUCUGAGCCUAAGAGGGAAGGAGAAGAGCCUGAUAAGCUAUUGUCAACGGUGCACAGUUUGCUCGAAAUCGUAUCAAAGAUUGUUCCGGGCUCAACCGAUGCCAUGUUUUACAUGUCCAAGCUCAAGUUUCUCUCCGGAGACAAAAUGGGUGCGCAGAUGGCGGCGUCAAACUGCCUUAGAAUCGAUAACGGCUAUUCAAAGGCACAUAUAUUGAUGGGCCAGAUCCAGCUCUCCAACAACCACCCAAAGUUGGCCAUGCAGUCGCUCGAAAUGGGCUUGAGCUACAACUUCGAGGUGCGGCACAUACCACUGUUCCAUAUUCUCAAGGCCAGGGCACUCAAGAUGCAGGGCUCGUACGAAGAAGCUCUGGCGGUACUGCAGGCUGCCAUGAAUCUUCCCGGCAUCAAGGACUUUUCAAAGAAAGGUGGAAAGCCAACACCGCAAAUACGCGGCUCCGACACAACAGCGACAGCCGCCGAGCGGGUGGCGCUCUAUUUGGAGCUGGCCAACACCCAUGUCAAGCUCAAGAACAUGCACGAAGCGGCCAAAGUCAUGUCCGAUGCUUCGUUCCUGUUUAAGGGAACGCCAGAGCAAGAGGCCAUCACUGUUGCCAACGCCACAUUUGCUCUUGAGCGCGGCGAGAUCGACUCUGCCCUAGGCAUCCUUGCAACUAUCACGAGCGAGCAGAGUCACUUCAUCGAGGCUAGGGGCAUCAUGGCCGAUAUUUACUUGAAGUACAAGAACGACAAGAAGCAAUACGCUCGCUGCUACUCUGAAAUCGUCGAGCAUAGCCCCACUGUCGAGAGUUGCAUGCUCCUUGGCGACGCAUAUAUGAACAUACAGGAGCCGGAGCAAGCGAUCGACGUGUACGAGUCUGCCCUUGAAUCCAAUCCAAAGUCAGCCUCUUUGAUUGGCAAAAUCGGAAGGGCGCUGUACACAACGCAUAAAUAUUCGCGGGCCGUAUCGUACUACGAAGCAGCGCUGGCUCAGAAUCUCCCAGAUGCAAUUGGAAUCCAGCUGGAGCUUGCAAGUCUGUACACAAAGCUCCGCCAAUACAAAGAUGCCGAGCGAAUCAUUGCCCAGGCCCUAGACAGGCAAAAAGUGGAUGAGAUUAGCUCUGCUUCGGUGGACGUCAAACUCUGCUCCAUGCUUGGCAAAGUCCACAAGGAGGGGCAAGACCCCAACAAAGCCGUCAGCGCACUGAGCCGUGCUCGCGAUUUACAGAUGAGCAUCAUAUCCAAGGACGUUUCAGCCCAGGGCAGCAAGGAUCUGCGCCAGACGGCGUCCGAAAUCUGCUUCGAGCUCGGUGAUACAUACGCACGGCUUCUCAAGAACAGCGAGCGUGCCUCAGCGUAUUUCCACGAAGCUAUCCAGCACAAUCAGGAAAACAAAAAGGCGAUGCUUGCCCUCGCAAAGCUGUACAUUUCCAAGGGGGAUUUGACCGCGGCCCAAAACCAGUGCUCAAACAUGCUCCGAAUGGAUGUGGGCAACGAAGAAGCAACCAUGAUGAUAGCGGACAUAAUGCUGCAGAAGAACUCGUACAGCUCAGCAGUCUUCCACUUUCGCCAGUUGCUGGAGAAGAAUCCCACAAACUACUCUGCCUUACUGCAGCUCAUCGAGAUGAUGAAGCGGAACGGGAAGCUCGACGAGGCCGAGCAAUUUUUCGAGCUCGUUCAGAAGCAUUCCAGUAAAGCGAGCCUGCACUGUGGAUUCCACUAUUGCCGGGGUCUAUACUACAGAUACUCAAACAACCCCAACGAGGCGCUCAAGGAGUUCAACUACUGCAGACGCGACGCCGAAUGGGGCGAGCGAUCGCUCAUCCACAUGAUCGAGAUUUUUCUGAACCCCGAUAAUGACACCAUCGGAGGUGACGCCCUCGAGAGCGUUGCCGACACCAACUCAAGUGCCGACAAGUCGGAGACAGACAAUAUGAUUUCCAUUCUCACUGUGGACAAGCUGCUCAAGGAACUCCCGCAGUCUCCCAAGUCGCUCAGGACCCAAAUCCUCGAAAACUACGCUGGCAUGGCCACCCGACAGAAGCCAGACAUCGAGCGUGCUUUAACUGGGUUCACUGCGAUCCUCAACGUCGAUAAAGACAAUGUCUCUGCGCUGCUGGGAAUGGCCACAGCAUACUUGCUGCAAAAGCAGGCGCCCAAGGCACGCAAUCAACUGAAGCGAAUCGCCAAGAUGGAGUGGAACGACGAGCUGUCCGACGACUUUGAAAAGAGCCUACUGCUGUUGGCUGAUACAUACAUUCAAGGAGGGAAAUUCGAUCUCGCCACCGAGCUUCUGAAGAAGGUUCUGUCAAAGAACAUGUCCUGUGCCAAGGCCUUCGAGUACAUGGGAUAUAUUAUGGAGAAGGAGGCCUCCUACAAAGAUGCGGCAACCCACUACGAGCUGGCCUGGAAACUGCAGCGGGAGUCCAGCCCGGCGAUCGGAUUCAAGCUGGCAUUCAACUAUCUCAAAGCGAAGCGCUAUGUCGAAGCCAUCGACGUCUGCCACAAGGUUCUUCAGGCUGUCCCGGACUAUCCCAAGAUCAGAAAGGAGAUCAUGGAUAAGGCGCGCGCGAGCCUGCGAGUUCCGUAGCCGUGCUUGUUUUUCAAUGCGGUCGCUGCAUGGUGUGCCGACGUAUCGGCUUGACCGUCACAAGGCAGAUGAUCGUUGGUCCUGCGGGACGGCGGCCGAGUCCAGGCGUAGCUGCUGAAUAUACAGUUGAAUAUACAGUUGAAUAUGCAGU